AUGUUUGCGCCUCUUAAAUGGUACUCCUUUGUUUGCCAGAGGCAGGAUUACGGUGACGUCAUUAUUUACUUACAGGUUAAGGCCAUUCGACUCUCUGCGGCACCUUUCACAAUAGAGAACGGAAUGCUGACUCCCACAAUGAAAACUGCUCGUGAAAUCAUCCGACGUCAUUUUGGAUCCGCCAUCAAGGCUCUCUACCAACCGACUGCAGCCAUCUAA